AUGUUUUUAAAAAACAAAGUUGUUUUAGUGUGGGUUAUUUGCUUGUCUUGCAAAGUGGUCUUGACUGGCUGUGAAGUGGUUUGGGUCAAUCGAGGUGCUCUAGACAGCUUUCGUGUUGGGAACGAAGGCUGUACGUAUGAUACAAGAGUUUGUACGAAUUUCGAUGCAAAAUGUAGAAAAUCCUACGGUGGUGUGUGUUUGUGUGGUUUUUUAAAACCUAACUAUAGAAAUCCUAGAUCUGGCAAUGAUAAAGGUUAUGGCUGUGUAAGCAAUAAUAAUAUGCGCGUUGGAGUUGGUGAGUGUUAAUAGUUCAUUUCAAGAUAUUUGUUUGUGUGUGUUUUGGUGUUAUGAGUACUCAUAUAUACUUUUCCACUUGGUUUAUAUUCAACUUUAUAUAUUUUUGACACGUUUCUCAAGCGCGGCAUGAAACAGACUUAAAAAGUAUGUUUAGUAGCUACUUUAACUGUAAAAUAAAGCUAAACUGAUGUAGAGAUUUUAGAUGAUACGCCAAAGGGAAAAUGAUGUUUGAAGUUCAGUAAGUUUUGCUUAUAUUGCUGUAUAAAUAUGGCGUCAAUUUUACAGCAUCAAUGAUAAUUGCAUUUAAAUUGACAAUAUUUAACUAUUAUUUUGUGUUUCUCAACCGCCAGAUACAUUUAAAAAGGUUGCUAACUGUUUAAAGUACAAAGUAGGCUAAAGCUAAAACAAAGUAAUUUUGAGAGGAACGCCAGAAAUACUUUAGGUUUGAACACUUUUCAUUGGAAAUACGUGACGUUGACAUUGAAAAAAAAUGCUUCUUAAACUUGCUUAUUGGAUUUUUCCAUGAAGGCUUUUUUGCUAAAUCUAUAUCUGACAUGGUGCACAAUAAUAUUUACAGACAAUAUACGUGUUUAUUCUAAACCCACCAGUUUUGCCGUAAUUACACUGUAAAAACUGGUAGGUUAAAAUAACCUAUAUUUCUAAAGGUUGCAACCAAUACUAAUAGUUGAUUUAACCAAUUGAAGUCUUGGCUGGAACCAAUAUAAAUAGGUUAAUAUUAAAUAACCUAUUAUCAUUUGGUCAAUUGUAAGUGAUUGGCUAUAACCAAUAAAAAUUAUCAGUUUAACCAAUUGAAUAGGUUAGAACCAAUAUAACCUGGGCAGCAUAACAAAUUAUUAUUUGGGCAAGUUUGAAUGAUUAGUCAUAACUAAUAAAAAUAGGUUUAUUUAAGGUGAUUCAUCAGUUUUGCAUUGCACAAUUUUACUGGGCACAUCUAAUAACAAAUUCUAGCUAAUAUAUGUUGUUGAACUGCAAUGUAAAGCGAUAAAGAAAAAGUAAGGGCAAAGAGAAAAACACUCUGCAUUGGUUAGGCGUGCUUCAGGAAAUAUACCUUCAGAAAUGACGAAAUUUCUUAAGUAGGUCUUCUGUGCAACUAACACUAAACCACAUCAUGCAUGUUGCAUGUUUAACCCUUGUAUCUCUUUAAGAAUUAAGGUCCGUGACCCGACUUUUUUAUUUUAUAUUUUUGUUCUACUAUACGUUUUACAUGUCAUCAGAAAAUAAGAGAAAAAUCAUUUCUACAAUUUAUGAUAUUUUACAUUCCUCGCGCAUGCUUUCCAAAAUAACAUGUCUGAGAAGAUGAGAAAGAUAUCUUUGCACCACGACAAUGCACGUCAAUGAUUUUUGAUUGGCUAAAAUUCCAUGUUUUCUUGUAUAUAGCCCUAAUCACUAGAUUGUUCCUGUAACUCGUAAAAGGUUCAAGAUGAACGAAACGAGUUCAGUGACCCUAACUUUUUUCUGGUAAAACAAUGAGCAUAUCAUAAACUUCACCCCUGGGACGUUUCAGAAAAUUCUCAUUUCCAGAACAAUUAUGCAAAUUAAUUCGCUAUGUAGUAUUUGUAAUCAAAUUGGUGGAGAUAACCCAUUAUUAUUUGGUUAACUACAGUUAUUGGUUAUAAUAAUAUAAAUUGUGUUAACCAUUAUUAUUAUAGUCAGAUAACAUUAUGGAAUUUAUCAUAAGCUUACUUGUAUAAUGUUGGAAGUUGCAUUUCAGUAUCAAAAGAGUACUGUGUUCAAGCAGUUUUCUCUGCACUAACAUAGGCGUACGAGACAGGGGGGAUAAACUACCUUAGAAUUGUUUACUUCUGAAAAGCUACUCUAUACUGUGUGCGAGUUUACUCAUGUGCAUCCGUCAAAAACACAAUAUCGCUGACAAAAUUGCUUGUGUGAACCAUGCAGGCUUAACUUACAAUACAAUCGUAAAACCAAUUCCAUGCAAUCCUAACUUUAAUCCAAACUCUGAUCUUUGUUGCAUCAUGUCAGAAUAAUAUAUAAAGAUAAUAAAAAUUAUAUGAAAGACUCCUUGCAAAUCGUAUCGGGCUAAUAGCCAGAAUGAACGGCAAGAGUGAGUGACUUGUCAAUGUUGCAAAUUUCUUUAGUUCGUUCCGUUAAAAAAUCAAUCUUAUUUUAAAUAUUAUGUAAAUAUAGGAGGAUCCGAAAACUGCGCAUUGGGACCUUUUCGACUUAUUCCUUACAACAAGAACGAACCAACCAGGAAGUUCUUUGACAUAAACAAUCCAACCGUAGUCAUGAAGAGUUGUUCCUUGAGAGAAAUUCUGGUAAAGUUCCCAGACAACGCCACAGAAAUGGAGCUGGAAUGGUUGGAUGAAUCUUACGUUGAUUUGAAUGUCUUGAGCGACAACAUAUAUUUUAAAGUACGUAAAUGAACUCAUUCUUAUUUCUCUUUAGCUAUGUGUAAAAUUAGUUUGUGUUUUUUCUUUCCUAGUGGAAAAGAUCAGUUCCAAAUUUGCAAGCGACGAUAAUUACUUUCAAUCUUUACUGCGAGGUGAAGAUCCCAGGGAUCAAAGCUGAUCACUCUUACCAAACAAAAUGCCUGCGAGCAAAGGUUCUCGGAAAAUGGUCUGCAG